UUGACCGGCAAGUCGGCAGGAUGUUGCUUUCUCGACGCAAGUCGACUAUGUAUCGCCGGGCGGGAGGAGGCGGCGGCGGCGGCGGCAGGUUUCUCCGACUCCUGGGCGUUCUACCCUGGAAAUGCUCUCUCUUUCAGCUCUUCUUUAUUGUACUGUUACUGGGUUUUCUCUCCCUGCUGUGGCUGCAGUUCAGUUGCUCAGGGGAUGAGCCUAGAAGUCAAACAGCUGAGGCAACGGUGCCUCAAAAACCAUGUGUACUUGAGCCUCUACCUUUGAUUCCUGAUGAUCCAUCAUGGGGACCACAUCGCUUGGCAGUGUUAGUUCCCUUUCGAGAACGUUUUGAGGAGUUGUUGACUUUUGUUCCCCAUAUGCAUCGCUUCCUCAGCAAGAAGAAAAUUCGUCAUCGUAUCUUCAUUCUCAACCAGGUGGAUCAUUACAGGUUUAACCGAGCAUCUCUGAUCAAUGUGGGUUUCCUGGAAAGUGGCAAUGACACAGACUAUAUUGCCAUGCAUGAUGUGGAUUUGUUACCUCUCAAUGAAGAAUUGGAUUACAGCUUCCCAACAGCUGGUCCUUUCCAUGUGGCAUCACCUGAGCUGCACCCACUUUAUCAUUAUAGCACCUAUGUGGGGGGCAUCUUGCUGCUCACCAAGCGACACUAUCAAAUGUGUAAUGGAAUGUCCAACCGUUUCUGGGGCUGGGGCAGGGAAGAUGAUGAAUUUUAUCGUCGCAUCAGAGCAGCUGGACUUCAACUCUUGCGACCCUCAGGUAUUACAAGUGGAUAUAAGACAUUCCAGCAUCUGCAUGAUCCAGCUUGGCGCAAAAGGGAUCAGAAGCGUAUUGCUUCCCAGAAACAGGAGCAGUUCAAGGUAGACCGGACUGGAGGAUUGACUAACCUAAAAUACAGAGUAGAAUCACGCAUUUCACUGAGUGUGGCAGGAGCCCCCUGCACAAUUCUUAAUAUCUUGCUAGAAUGUGACUCCAGUGAGACUCCCUGGUGUGCAUUUGGUUGAUAUGCCUACUAUACAGAUUGCCUGUUUUGUUUGCUGCUCUACCAGCUCACGGCCAGAAUUGCAGCUCAGCUCUGGGAUGGCAAAUCCUUCUGUAGGAACCGACAACCAGUCUUAACUGCCAGGACAAAGUGGUUAAAAAAGGGAACUGAGGAUCUACACUAGUUGAUAAAGCAAAAGCAGGUCAUUACCUCUUUUACAAGGAUACUGCAAGAGGACAACAAUUGCAGUGGUAAUGGAAACAUUAAAUAAGCCAAGUGCCUUCCUAUCAGUUAGAAGGAUUUUGUCUUAGGUAUCUUCAUCUCAACAAGCUGAAGAAUCUGUGAACUCAGAGGCACUAUAGGGAUUAAAUUAUUGUUUCUCCGCUAGUCAAGACUUGGAAGAUUUCUUUAUCCAGACUAAAACUCAAAGGAAUGUUAGACAUUUGCUUCUCUUGUGAUAAUAAGAUGCAUAAAUAUUUGCUCCAAACUAUUCUUAUAUCGCAUUCUUCCUCUAGUGCCUCUUGAUAGUGCAUACCUUGCAUUCCGACUCCAGGAAGUCAAGGCCGACCAUCUUAGCUAAUCUCAUUUUCAGAUCUUUUGAACUGUAAAGGCUGUUGUCUUUACUGAAAUACAGCUAUUAAAACAAAUGGAUUGAAUGAAUAUUAUAACUGAAAUGUAUUUGAACAGGGUUUUAUGUACUGCUGCGAACAGUACCGAAUUUUCUAGUUUUGUACUAACGGAAUUCCGACUUAAACCUACCUUUUUGUUUUAUGAUGACUCUGAUUUUUCCCCCAACGCUCCUUAACGUGAAAGAACUGGGCACCAGAACAUACGUGUAUAUUAUCUGAAUAUGAUGCAUUUGUAUAUUUCUGGACACAGUAGUACUUUUUUGCAUUGAGAAAGGUAGAGACAAAGUUAAUACGACAUGAUCAAGCGCCCACUCCAAAACACCUGCGACAGAACUGGAAACUCCUAUGCAGCUGCAUUCGGCAUCUGUGCAAGCGGCUGAUCACAGAGCUGGUUGGUGCAAUAUUAGUGAUCUGUUGAAGACUCACUGUAGAGAAAUGGAGGGUCUGGGCCCUUGGGGGGAUAUCGCUGUGCCCUACAGUAUGAAGGGGUGGAAGAGACGCUUGCCAGGGUUCCAUUGAAAUGCCUGCUGCCUCUGGGCUCCUUUCCUCUUUCAAGGGUUUUGAUUUCUUCUUGGGCUGUUGACUAAAGAUGCUAUUGAACUGUUCCAAGGUACUUGGAUGUUCAGACUCGAUUGUGUUCGUAAUUUCAGAGGGAAGUUCUUUGUAGUUACACGAGAUGAGCUUCUGCAGUUGGGGUUUGGAUAUAGAUUUCUUGCCAACGCAGCUUGCUGUAGAGAAUAAGGUAGAACCAAAAGGGUUAACAGAGUUGCGAUAUCUUAAGUCCCCCCCGCACAAGAGUGUUCAUCUUUUUUUAAUUAAAAAAAAAAGCUUGUGACUGAGGAAUAUUUCAUACAUGCUGUAUCGUGGGUUAGGAAUAAUUUCAGGCAGUCGGAACCUCUUUGGGGUUCUCCAUAAUAGCGAGAAUAUGUAUGUAUAUAAAAUGUAAACUAAAUGUCUAAAACCCCAUGAAAUCUCAUGAAAGUAUAUGUGAGCAUUAUGAGAUUUGGCUUAUUUUUAAAAAAUACAUAAACAGAAGUCAAAUAAUUUAAUGGCCUAGCAGAUUUGUUGGCAUCCACAAGCACAGUGUUGCCAUGUUACAUUGCAGAUCUGUAGGGAUAAAAGACUCCUGUAAGAUGGGCCUGAGCCACUUUUGUAUAUUUUCUAUUCAUUACAGAAAUUGGAAUAUUUAAUAGAAGUAUAGAAAUUGGAAUAUUUAAUUUAAGAACUGUGUGC